GUAUACAUACCAUUAAAACACUUAGUAAUUUCAUAUUCAAAAGCAUAAUCCUUAAUUAUUUUUCAAAAUGGUUCACUUCUUAGUGAAGAUCCUCUUCUUGUUACAAUUAUUUAUCAUGAGCCACAACAUUCAGGGAUAUUGGGGAUGCAAGAACGCUUAUAUUGAAGAGCACCACGUGCACGUUCUCAAUGAACUUCCUAUCCAUUCUCCUAAACUAAAACUACAUUGUGCAUCUGGAGACGACGAUUUGGGUGAUCACUGGCUUGAUGUUGGGACAGAUUUCGAUUGGGAAUUUUGUGCGAACCCGUCUACAUUAUUCUUUUGUCACUUUUGGUGGGGUGAAAAAAAUCAAGUAUUCGAUGUAUUUAACGAUUUGCAUUAUUGUGUUCAUGAUGGAAAAGGUUAUGUUCCAGAGUUUACUACCAAAUGUCAUUGGAAAGUGCAGGCUGAUGGUUUUUAUUUGGGUUAUUUGAAUCAGGAUGCUGGUAAAAUUCUCUACACAAAAUAUCGUGAUUGGUGAGCAGAACUUUUUUUGUUUUUGUUUUGCUUGUGAAAUUAAACAAAUUAGAAGUUAGAACCAACGAUGUUGAUUUGUUUUACCCAGCUUAUAUUGCAAGCAUUUAUGAGUAUUUCCCCUUUGUUUAAUUACAAGUUAAAUUGAGACGAAAAUAUCAACAAAAGUUGUGGUAGGAUGGAUAUGAUUUCUCCACCCUUAACCAGA